CGUCAGUUCGACCCCCAACUCGAGCACCAUGAAGAUAGCAUGCAUUGGCGCCGGCUAUGUGGGUGGCCCCACCAUGGCCAUGAUCGCCCUCAAGUGCCCCGAAAUCGAGGUGGUGGUCGUGGACAUCAACGAGGCGCGCAUCGCCGCCUGGAACAGCGACAAGCUGCCCAUCUAUGAGCCUGGCCUGCUCGAGGUGGUGCAGGAGGCACGAGGACGCAACCUCUUCUUUUCCACUGACGUCAACAAGCACGUGGGGGAGGCAGACAUUGUGUUUGUCAGCGUCAACACCCCCACCAAGACGCGCGGCGUGGGCGCUGGCAAGGCCGCUGACCUGACCUACUGGGAGGGCGCUGCUCGCGUGAUUGCCUCCGUUUCAAAGAGCAGCAAGAUCAUUGUGGAGAAGUCUACUGUGCCCGUCAAGACGGCGGAUGCCAUUGAGAAGGUGCUGCGCCGCAACUGCAGCAACCCCAGUGUGCAGUUUGAGAUUCUGUCCAACCCUGAGUUCCUGGCAGAGGGCACUGCCAUCGAGGACCUCAUGGCCCCCGACCGCGUGCUCAUUGGCGGCAAGGACACCGAGUCGGGGCGCGCCGCCAUCGCCACACUCGCCAGCGUGUACGAGCACUGGAUUACCAAGGAUCGCAUCCUGUGCACCAACCUAUGGUCUGCUGAGCUGUCCAAGCUGACCGCCAACGCAUUCCUGGCGCAGCGCAUCUCCUCGGUCAACUCCAUUUCCGCGCUGUGUGAAGCCACCGGCGCGGAUGUGCAGCAGGUGUCCCGCUCCAUCGGCACUGACUCACGCAUCGGCCCCAAGUUCCUGAACGCCUCGGUGGGCUUUGGCGGCAGCUGCUUCCAGAAGGACAUCCUCAACCUGGUGUACAUCUGUGAGACGGUCGGCCUGCAGCAGGUGGCCGACUACUGGCACCAGGUCAUUCUGAUGAACGACUUCCAGAAGCAGCGGUUUGUGGAGCGCGUCAUCAGCGCCAUGUUCAACACCAUUUCCAAGAAGAAGAUCGCGGUGUUUGGCUUUGCCUUCAAGAAGGACACGGGCGACACACGGGAGACGCCCGCCAUCGAUGUCUGCCGAGGCCUCAUGGCGGAUGGCGCCAAUGUGUGUGUGUACGACCCCGAGGUGGAGGACAACCAGAUCUACCAGGAUCUGGGCACCGAGAAGUUUGAGUGGGACCACCCCAGCCCGCGGUCGGCGCCCAUCUCCAAAACAGCCAUCGCCAUCAGCCAUGACCCCAUGGAGGCGGCCCGCGAUGCGCACGCCAUCUGCGUGCUGACCGAGUGGGACCAGUUCAAGAGCUACGACUACCAGGCCAUCUACGACAGCAUGGUCAAGCCGGCCUUCAUCUUUGACGGCCGCAACAUCCUGGACCACACCAAGCUGCGGGAUAUCGGCUUCAUCGUGUACGCGCUCGGCAAGCCGCUGGACCCCUUCCUGCAGAAGCAGUAUGACUGAUCGGCCCUCGACCCCAAACUGAGCUACCCGCAGAUGGUUUGUUAAUUAUAGAGUGCUUGCAAUCCUUGCCUUCACAAUGGUCUGCUCUUGUAACUUAUUCAGCAUU